AGAGAUUCCUCCGUGAACCUGAUCAGUCUUUGAACAGAUCCUUACCAUGAGACAGUCCCUCAUGUCCGUCAUACUUGCCGCUGCAAUCUUGUUGCAGUCUUCUUCUUCUUCUUCGUCGCCCACCGGCCUGGUGGAGGACGGCUCCUUGGAGCAGGACGCCUUCGCCUCCCUGAUGAGCGAGGAGGGGGCGGAAAAGAGCCGCGGCGAGGCGGACCCGGCGGAAGACGGCAAAGCCAGAGGGUCCAGGGUCAUCGUCGUCGCCGAUCCCAGUCUUUGGCGGGAGCUGCAAGUGUUGCGCAACGGCAUGUCCCUCUACAAGCGGCGAGCAGACGACCAGAGCCAGACCGGUGAACACAGAACCGCCAACCAGGACCUGAGCUUCCCCAUCCUGAGGCGGGACACCAUGAGGUGCAUGGUGGGACGAGUCUACCGACCGUGCUGGGAAGUCUAGGACAAUCUGCUCUGCUUUGUCAUGACAUCGUUUAUCAUCUCUGCUGAACUGUAAUAUAUUCUAGAAUCUUCUGUA